GACAGCAUCGUCACAAGUCGUCGAAAAUAGAAACUAGUGGGAACACCGAAGAAAUUCAACCAUGUACAAGUUCGUUGUAUUGGCCAUCCUCGUAGCCUGUGCUGCAGCUGCACCUGCACCAGGAUAUCUCGGCGCACCUGCGUCUCUCGUCGCUGCUGCACCAGCCGUGGCUUAUUCGGCUCACCCAGCGAGCCUCGCCUACACUGCACAUGCACCGGCUCUUGCCUACACCGCUCAUGCAGCUCCAGUUGCUUAUGCCGCACAUGCAGCCCCGGUUGCAUACACCGCACACACUUCUCACUUCGCUUAUGCCGCACCAGCCGUCAGUCUCGUUCACUAGAUCACGAGGAAACCGUGGUUAUCGAUGAACGAUCGAACGAAUUGCGACGAUGUUCAAAGAGAAACACGACUACGACCGACCGACCUCUCCUUUUCUUUUUCGUUUCAUCAUGAAUCUUGAUGUUAUAUACGCUGUUAUGAAAAUCUUACGAUUAUGAUAAAUAUCUAAUAAAUGUUAUUAACGCAUUUCAAUUGAAA